AUGCAGCUCCGCGUCUACACCUCCCUGGCCAUCUUCGCCGCCACCGCCAUGGCCGCCUCCUCCACCACUUCUGCCGCUGCCUCUGCCUCCACCGCCGUCGACCUCACCGCCGGAGUGCCCCAAUGCGGCAUUGCCUGCGUGACCAACGCCGUCGGCAGCUCCGGCUGCGCAGCCACCGACCCCGUCUGCCUCUGCACCACCGGCUCAAAGGCCUUCCUCGCAGCCGGCACAACCUGCCUGCUCCAGAACUCUGAUUGCUCGGCUACCGAUCUCCAGACCAUCCAGACUAUUGCCAAGCAGCGCUGUGGUGCUCUGUUGGCUGCAAACGGCGAUGUUGCUGCUGCCAAUGCUAAUUCGUCGGGUGCUGCCACUGCUGCUUCGUCGAGCAGUACUAGUGGCAAGGCUGCUGCUGCUACUGGUGCUGCUGUGCAGUUUGGUGCUAGCAUCAUGGCUGUUGGUGCUGGCGUUUUGGCUUUCGUCAUCUAA